CCAUAUAUUGACUGCGAUCGAGCAGGCAAUGUCAGUGUGCGGGCAAACGGAGACAGGAGAGGUCCAAUUAUUUCAAGUGUUUUCAUUUUUGAGGGUGCCGACUCGUCGUUAUAAAGGUGGCGAAUCGAAACAACAUAAUGAGGAGUUUAAUCCUCGUCGUCGCCAUCUCAGCGCUGGCGUGGGCCAGACCUGAAACAUACAAGGAGACCGAAGAGUUCCAGUACGCCAGGAGCUCUUCAGACGAAGGAAGUAAAUCCGGAUUUUAUGGGGCUCAAAGAGGUAACGUGGCAGGGAACUACGAAAAAGCACACAACAUGGAUACUUUAGCCCAGCAUCAAAUGAGUGGAGCCAUAAACCAAGUACAAGGAGAACUAGGCGAUGCUUCGAAAACUAGAGCUGGAAGCGUCUACACGGCUGCUAACACGGCAGGAGUCUAUGGAUCCGGCCAUCAUGAUCUGAGCAACCUUCAGGGAAGGCAUUUUGGAGAAAGGUCAUCUUCUGACAGCACUCAUUCCUCUUUGUCGUCGGCUUAUAACCAACAUGCGAACGCUGACUGGAGAAGCCAAUCUCAGCAAAGUGGGUAUGGUGCAUCAAGCCAGUUAGGACAAUCGUCACAGCAUUUAGGAAGUUUGCAUGACGCGGAUAGUGCUGGCUAUGGAUCUAGCCUUGGAAGCAACAGUCAUAGCUCAGGUUAUCAUUCAGCGUCUGGAUACCAAUCUCGUUCAGGAUAUAAUUCCCAAAAUUAUGACCAAAGUAACUUACAGUCCGGAAAUUUACAGGCCUAUGGAACCGGUGACCAAACUCGCCGUUAUACUGUAGUAACACCAGUACGAAUUAUAGCAAGGCCCGGAGCUCAAAUAGCGAUACCGGUUUACGGAGAAGCUGGUUAUGAUGCCCACAGAGCUUCCUCUUCAAUAGGGCAAAGUUCUAGCAACAUGUAUGCCUCGCAAACAGCUGCUUCUUCAUUCGAUCAAAAUGCUAUUAAUAGUGAAGCUGAAGUUUUGAACAACAAUCAGGAACAUAUCGGCUCUGUUCCAGUGCCUAAUGGGAAGCAUCACUCUUCCUCGUACAACUAUCACAAAGCUUGGGAAAGGCAUAGUGAAACCACUGAUGCACCAGUAACAGUCGCGCCUUUGGUUAAUCCAUUGUCUGUAAAUAGUGAAUUAUACGAAGACGCUCAAGGCGCCAGUGCUAAUUCUUACAAUUCUGCCAAUAGACACAACAGCUACUUAGGGUCAAGUCAAUCCAGUCACCAAGCGGAUUAUAGAUCCCAGCACAAUGCUCUAGCCAGUUCUCAAUCCAACGUUAACUCAAAUGCCUACACGCAAGGAGCAUAUGGUAGUCACGCUGGACUCGCGCCUCUUGUAGAUUCCCAGCCUAAAAGUUACCAAUCCUCUUAUUCCUAUCACAAGUCAUGGGAAAAACAGGGUGAUCCCUAUGUAAUCUAUCCAGGGUCAACUGGAGAAGCAUCACAGAGAAUUGUUUCCGGUACUAAAAACGCAGCUUCGUCGCAACAUUAUGGUUCCCAGCAGCAUUAUUCUCAUGGAAGUGCUGUAGACUGCGAUAGUCUGUGCAGAUAUCGUCGGUCUACACGCUCUGCUGAUUAUUACCAGCAGGAUCUCGGACAACAGGCUCAAACAGCUUGGGAUCAAAGCCUUUCUCAACAGACACAAGACUCGUUCCAGCAGCAAAGCCAGUCAGCAAACCUUGAAUACCUGGGGCAACAGACGCAAAAUCUCGAAGAUUUCGGUCAACACAGCCAGUCAGCAAACCUUGAAGACCUGGGGCAACAGACGCAAAAUCUCGAUGAUUUCGGUCAACACAGCCAGUCAGCAAACCUUGAAAACCUGGGGCAACAGUCACAAAACCUUGAUAACCUAAGUCAACAAACACGACAAUCUCGAGGUGACAUUCAACAGCAGAGCCAAUCUCCAAAUCUUGAAGAUUUUGGACAGCAAACACAGGGUAAGUGGCACGAGUUAAAUUAUAAAUUAGAAAGUAAUUUAGAGGACCUUGGCCAACAGACUCAACAAUCAUGGAGUAACAUUGAACAACAAGCAAGUCAAACACAGGGGUCAUGGCGUUAGUUGGGGACAACAUGUCAAUAACAAUAACGCGCAAACAUCUCACAAUAACCCCUUGCAAAGUAUAUGGGACAAACUAAACAAUAUGGAAGAGCAAUCUGAGCAUUCAAACGAAAACCAGCAAAAUACUGAGUAUCAAAAUUCACAACACUCAUA